AUGGGUGAUAUAUCACGGACUGUCACGUUUGUAAUUGACAACAGUGCUGCAGAGCAACGUGCAAUUCAUAAUGAGUUCCCUGCCUGCUCAAUUGCAUUAUGUGCAUUUCAUGUCAUCUGUGCCUUCAAUAACAAAUGUUCAAGGCGGUUGUCAUUCCGUUCACUUUUAAGCACAGUGUUCUCUCCAUAUGAUGUCUCUGAAUUUCAAUUUCGUUGUGCGAAAUAA